AAAUUAUUCGAGAUAUUCUUCACGUUCUUCUAAUUGUGAACCAUUAAGAAUUCUCUAAAGUCUUCAAAAAAUAGUCCAGUAUUAAACCUCCAAUGAAGUUUUCAAACGUUCUUUCCCUCGCUUUACUUUCGAUUGCUGCUCAAGGUGCUGUUUUACCAGGAACGGAUGAAGCUGAUGCUCCAGAAGUUGAUGUAAUUGCUGUUGCUCAACGUGAUAUUUCUGAAUCUGAUGUUCCUAAAAUUGAUGUGGUCGCUGUUGCCCAACGUGAUGUUUCUCAAGAACAAGAAGUGGAUAUUGAAAAACGUGGGUUCGGUAUUGUUGCCGAUAUUCUCUUCGUUACUGAAAUGUUCACUCUUCAUAACUUAAAGCGUCUUCGUCAUGGGGUUCCUCUCUUAAAUUGGGACCUGGGUUGUUAUAAACACGCUCAGAAUCUUGCAGAUAGCUACGACUGUUCGGGUAAUUUCCCAGACCCUGGUAAUGAAUAUGGUAACAAUCAAGGUACAGGAAAUAGCAACCCAGUUACUGUUGUUGCUGAUUCUGCUGUUGUUGUCGAUAGUUGGUAUGCCCCAAGUACUAGUUAUAACUACGGCAAUCCAACUGCCAUGAAUCUGUUUACCAACCUUGUUUGGAAAUCAACUACCAAGGUAGGUUGUGCUUACAAAGAUUGCAGAAGUAAGAAGAGAGGUUAUUAUUAUACCUGUAGUUAUGAUCCAGCUGGUAAUGUUCCAAAUUUUGGUAAACAAAACAUUUUCCCACCAAAAUAA